UUUAUCACCAAUUCAUCACGACAAGCUUAUUGUUAUAACUAAGACUUUUGUCUACAUACAUUUUGUGGUCAAACAAGUAUCAAUCAAAAGAUGGAAGGAAAAACAGUGAUCUCAAGUCUGCUCAUAAUGAGGCUUGUCUUGACAAAGAUUCAAGUAGAAGCAAAAAAACUCUGCUGUCCUAACCAGACUGCUAGAUCUAAAUAUCUAUUAUGCAUUAGGAGGCCAUCCCCAGAACAUUGUCUAGCAUUGAGUACAUGCAAAAUUAUUUCUGGGAAUAUAUGUCCUCCGGGAUAUACAAAUGACAUUCAUGAAAAUUCUGGUGAUGCUGUCAAUGAAUAUUGCGAGUUGGGGUGUGCAUCCUCUGUGUGUGGUGCCUUGACUACUCUCCAAAACUCGGACGCAAGUAAAGCUUUGAGUGAAGCGGUUGAACUAUGCGCCAAGGCAUGUUCUACUGUCUGCACCGGAGGAUCUACGGCCGCAAUUAAAAGUGCUUAAACAAAGCAUGAAUAAAAGUGAAAGGAUGGCCAUCAUAAUUCAGAGUGUCUUUUUUCAUGCAAUAAUGCUAGACUAUGGUGCUAGUACUGUUUAAUAAGUUGUUUCCAGCUUGUCUACGUGUCAUAGAGGGUUAUCGAUUCUAGAUCACUAGAUUGUAUACCAUUCUACUUGUCUUUAUCUAAAUAAAUAAUAAUGCGUCCUUCUCGACUAA